AAACGACUCCAAGUUCGUACACUUUACCACGUACAUAACCAACAACCUACUCAAGUCUGAGGAAUAUCAGAAAUAUCAUAUUUAGAUUCUGCGUGUAUUAAUAUAUUCUAGUAUACCUGAACUUUACGAACCACAAGAACUAGUCGUAUCUGCUCCAGCAAUGCGAUCCUCAUUACUACCCCGAAGACCGCUGCGGCGCGUCUGCGACUCUUGCAGACAGCAACAGCAGCGCAACCACGCCCCGUCACCGAACUUCCGCCAGGCUGCUGCACUGAGCACGAUAGCGCCAAGCAAAACCACUUCUCCUCGCCAAACCGCCAACGCCAGCCCAACACCCGCAGCGCGCGAAGCACCACCUCGCGCUCACAUCCGCAACGUACCGCAGUUCCGGCAUAUAUCAACCAGCGCCGCAUCCCUGGCGCGCCCAGCCGAAGCAGCACAACCCGCACAGCCCUCCCCCGAAGCCGAAGUAACGAUCCAAGACCAAGAAGAAGAAGCAGGUGAUGGAAUUAAGCCAAAGCCAACACCAGCACCAAUAAAAACGCACUACGACCUGUUCCCCCAAACCCUUCCCUCCGGCCCUCCCCCCUCAGGGCCCUUCGCAAUCGACCUCCGCGCGCUCCGCCGCGAAUUCCUAACCCUGCAAGCGACAGCGCACCCAGACGUCGCGCCGGCCGGCUUGCCCGCAAAGCGACGCGCGGAAGCCGCGUCCUCGCUCAUAAACGAAGCGUACCGGACCCUUUCCUCUCCCUUACUCCGCGCGCAGUACCUACUGCAUUUAAGCGGCCACGACGUGGCGAACGAUGAGACGGGGAAGGUGGCGGAUCCGAACUUGCUGAUGCUGGUUCUGGAGACGCGGGAGGCGAUCGAGGAGGCGCGGAGCGAGGAGGAGUUGGAGCCGUUACGGGUGGAGAAUGAGGGAAGGAUUAGGGAAAGCGAGGAUAGGCUAGGACAGCUUUUUGGGGAGGGGGAUGUGGAGGGGGCGAGGGGGGAGGUGGUUCGGUUGAGGUAUUGGGUUAAUAUAAGGGAUACGAUUCGGGAUUGGGAGAGGGGGAAGCCGGUUGUGCUGCAGCAUUGAGGUGGGAGAGAUGAUUUUGGGGGUGGUGAUGCUGCAUUACUUUGUUAAGUCAGGGUCUUGGCGGGGCGUGUGUAUCGAAGCUAGGGUCGAGUAUACUUGUAUUGUUAAAAGGAAGGGACUACGGCUAUCUGGGGGCAUGGUGUAGGAGUCAUAGCAUGCGCGCAUAGGAGGCCAAAAAGUGUACAGAUAUCCAUGCUAUUCGAGGGACUGAGUUGGUUUUGCGUAUCACCGCAAUUCUAAGGUACUCAUCUGUUCAGAACAAGCAAGGCUAUUCUCGCUUUGUUAAACAAGAAAAUCCAUUCUCAAUUACUACGCAAGUUUUCGUGAAGUUCUUGCUUAGUGAUAUAUCAAGAAUAGGUCAAAAACUGCUCAUAGCUACCUA